UCCACCUUCACGUGUAUGUGUGUGUACAGUACCGUUAGAAAGAUCAAAAAUGGUCGUUCUAUCUUGGAACAACACGUCACCGCUAGGUGAUAUAUUUAAAGCGAUAAGAUUGAUAUAAGAAGUUGAUAAAUUGCAAAAAAUAUGAAAUCACCGCUACGUUUCUAUCACGCAGUGAUAACUUGCGACAAUCACUGAUUCAUAUAAAUGCAGAGAAUGCAUCCUAACCUACACCAGUAAAGUUGACAACAAACACAUUAGUUAUAUUGAUCGCCUUUUCUUCGCUGAAGUAACCAUAUAAUUUGAUAUUUAUUUUAUUGGAGUGGCAGUAGCAGCUAAAAUAUUUAUUUGAACGAUGUUAAGCAAUGAUUGAUGUACUACUAUACUGAUAUAGACAUGAAGCAUAUUAGACAAGGCUUUUGUAUUUAUCUGUCAAUAUAUUCUGUACUACUCUUACAAAGCUGGAUUUGAAAGAAGAAGACUGAUAUUGUUACUACAGAGUACAGAGUGGUUAACUGUUGUAUAAAAUAGUCUCAUGGAAAAAAACAUGGAGCCCAAUGAACAAAAUCAAAUGUCAAAUGGAGAUGUUGCGACUAAUAGAGAUAUUGAUUGGUCCAGGUACGGUUUGCAUAAUGUAGAAACUCAAAGGAACAAUGAAACCAGAAGGAAUAAUGGAGAAUAUGAAGAACUUGGACCUGAAAUGUAUCAAACAGGAGCAAAUGAGCUAUUUGCCCAAGAAUAUAGCUCUGACCCUUGGUGGAAAUCAAAUUUUUUCAUUUCUCAACCUGUAUUGUUUGGAACUUGGGACGGUGUAUUUACAUCUUGUCUUAUAAAUAUCUUCGGAGUGAUUGUUUUUUUGAGAUCUGGUUGGAUAGUGGGACAAGCUGGAGUUCUCAAUGCAGUGCUAAUUACAUUAUGUACAGUAUGCAUUGUACUAGUAACAGUACUAUCUGCAGUUGGAAUUUGUGAAAGGUGUAGAGUAGAAAGUGGUGGAGUUUAUUUUCUAUUGUCACAUGUGUUGGGAUCAAGAUUUGGUGGAUCAAUUGGGCUAUUAUACUGUUUUGGACAGGCGGUGGGUUGUGCAUUGAAUGUGUUAGGUUUUGGAGAAUCUAUGGCUGGUUUAGUGCACUUAGAGUCUGCUUGGGCAGAGCGCGGUUUUGCAUGUGCAGCUGUUAUCUUGUUAUCUGUUAUCAAUGUCGCUGGUGUCAAGUGGGUCAUAAAGCUCCAGUUUCUUCUCCUGCUAAUUUUACUUCUUGCUGGAGUAGACUUUGUGGUGGGAAGUUUUACUCAUGUGAAUAAUGAGGCUGGCUUUGAGGGCUGGUUUUCAGGAAAUUUGAGAAAUAACACUUUACCGAACUAUCAGGAUGGAUACAGUUGGUUCACAGUGUUUGGUGUAUUUUUUCCUACAGUAACUGGUGUUUUAGCUGGCAUCAAUAUGAGUGGGGAUUUAAGACAUCCGUCCACGGAUAUUCCUAAUGGUACUCUAGCAGCAGUUGGAACUGGAACCUUCAUGUAUUUGUGUUUUACGAUGGUUCUUGCGGCAACGUGCACUCGUAAUGCACUUCUGACGAAUUUUAAGAUUGCUUCAACGGUAUCGGCGAUUUCGGUAUUGUUGUUGGCGGGUUUGUACGUGUCAUCGUUCAGUAGUUGUUUGGGUGCUAUGUACGGCACGCCCCGUGUCCUUCAAUCUAUUGCUAGUCAAAAUGUUAUACCAGGAAUGAGUUGUUUACAAAGAGGCAGGGGACCAAACAAAGUGCCCGUGUACGCAAUGUUGGUGGUUGCCGUUGUUACAUUGACAUUUAUCAUCACUGGACAGAUUAAUACUCUUGCGCCAAUUGUCACAAUGCCUUUCCUUUUGACCUAUGCGUGUUUAGAUUAUGCAUACUUUGCUCUUGCGCAAACGUUUGAUAUACAGUUGACUCGAGAACAAAGAUUUCGAACACAAUCUCCAACGUUUGACCGUAAUUAUGGAUCAGCGAGUAGGAAUAAUUCAAUGCCCGACAUUGAUAAUGAUUUGGAUAAUCUUUUCCCUGAAAGGAUUAGACAUAAAAAUCUUGUUAGAAAUCCCAGUCUCUCUGAGAAUAACUUUUACAUAGACUCUUCGCCAAGUCUUGAUGAAAAUGCUAGCCCCAUGGAUAAUUCCGAACGAAAAAUUCACAUCCAUAAUAAAUCGGGAAAUUGGUACAGUCCGUUGUGUAACAGAUGGCUUUCACUGUUAGGUUGCCUUAUCAAAUUACUUAUAAUGUUUCUCGUUCAUUGGGGCUAUGCCAUUGCCAACAUAGUCGUUGUUUUUCUUGUAUGGAGUUACGUUGGUCAUGCUAAUCCCGCUGUGAAACCGGGAGUAUCAUCAGAAUUUAAAUUCCUCAGUUGGCUGAAGUUAUCGUUAUUAAGGCUUAUGGGAAGGAAAGUUUAUAGCUAUGAACAGAUUGUUGUUACUCCCGUCCAUCCAGGAGUUGAAACAUGUUCAGCUCAGUUGAACGAAGAGAACGAAGAUUUUGCUGGUAGAAGAAGAUAUCAUCAAACAGCCACGGUUACAGGACAAUAUGUGAAUAUGGAUUAGAAAUGAAAGACUGUGAAAUAUUUAGAAAAAUCUGGUUGACGAGGUAUACAUAUAAAACUAGGCAGGAGGAAUUGCAAAGGAA